AUGAAACCUAACCUAAUAUAACCUCUCUAAUUAGCGGCGUGUAGCGCGGGCUCGCUCACCAAGUUGGCAGACCUGCGAACGCGUGCGGACCGGCGGCGCAGUGCUCGCUGCCAAAAAGGGGCAGAGCGGCGUAGAGUGAUGCGAAAAUUGUCAAAUAUUAGGUGCACGACGACGGUGCGGCGAGUCCGGUGAGCCUGGUAUUGGUGUGGCGUGCGACACAACACAACACGUAGCCGCGUCAAGAGGCCCGCGCGCGCUCGCGCGGACGCGAUGUCGAGCAUUCUGGAGAAGAAGAUCAUGAGCCUGGAGGAACGGCUGCGAGCGGAGAACGAGUCGCGGGACAGGGACAGACAGGGCGGCGAGAUCGGAGGCCCGAACGCGGGUCUGCUGCAUCCGUCGACGGGCCCCGUGUCCAGUCCCGCGCUUCGCAGGCCUCGACAACUCGGAGAUAUGGGUACCCCAACACGACCUAGAAGACAGUUGGAUUUACCAGUAUCGCAGAUAAUACCGCCAAAGAAGCAUGAUAGCGAAUUUGAGUCAAAGAUGCAAGAGAUCAUGAAGAUGAAUGGUAUCCUAAACAUUAAUGGCCAAAGAUAUCAGACAGAGAUGAAAGAUUUGGAGCAUUUAGGUGAACUUGGUAAUGGUACCUGUGGACAUGUUGUCAAAAUGAGGCACAAACCCAGUGGCGUGGAGAUUGCUGUGAAGCAGAUGCGACGUUCUGGAAAUACAGAGGAGAACAAGAGGAUAAUCAUGGAUCUUGAUGUUGUGCUCAAGUCACACGACUGUCCGUACAUUGUACAGUGCCUGGGCUGUUUCAUCACCGAGUCUGAUGUAUGGAUUUGUAUGGAGCUGAUGGCAACAUGUCUGGAUAAGCUAUUGAAACGCAGCAGGCAGGUGAUUCCUGAGGAUUUCUUAGGCAAAGUCACAGUAGCAACAGUAAAGGCGUUGUCGUACCUGAAAGAAAAACAUGGUGUUAUUCAUAGAGAUGUGAAACCUAGUAAUAUAUUACUGGAUGAGUUGGGAAGAGUGAAACUUUGCGAUUUCGGGAUAUCUGGCAGAUUGGUUGAUAGCAAAGCAAAGACGAGAAGCGCAGGAUGUGCGGCAUACAUGGCUCCUGAAAGAAUAGACCCACCCGAUCCUACUAAGCCAGAUUAUGAUAUAAGAGCGGACGUGUGGAGUCUAGGCAUUACUCUAGUGGAACUAGCUACGGGAGUAUUUCCUUAUCGAGACUGCAAGACUGAUUUUGAGGUACUGAGCAGAGUAGUACAAGACGAUCCUCCGUCUCUUCCAGUGGAUUCGCCCUUUUCCAAGGAGUUCAGAAGCUUUGUUAGUUGCUGCCUUACAAAAAACUACAAGCAUCGGCCCAAAUACCACAAGCUUAUGGAACAACCAUUUAUCCGCAAGUAUGAUGUUCCACAGGAUGUUGAGACAAAUUCCGCUCUAACGAACUCCGGCUUCCAGUGGUUCGGCAAGGUUAUGCGGCAGUUAGAACCAAGUUUCAGGUUGCCGGGAGGACAGCAGCAACAGCGAGUUUCGGGUCAUGUGUCUUUAAAACAGACAGCCCAUCUUCGGGCGCAAUCCGAGGUGCCGGCUUUCCUGAAGAGCAACAUCAAUAGCAGUUUCAGAGAAUCGCCGAAUUCCGGCUUUCUGCCUUUUCAUCAACGCUCUAAUAGCGAGAAUGGCACUAACUAUGUAUCCUACAGUCCGUAUGCUCUUCGCCGAAAGGAGAUCGCCCGGCCGUUCUCGCCGCCGAUAUCUAAGGACGUCGCGAUGGAUCAGCCGGAGUCGAAUCUACCGCCGCGGCCCUUCUCGCCUUAUCGGCAACAAGAACAGAGCACGAUUAUCAGGCACGAUUAUUCCUCAAAUCGCUGCGCAACGAAUGGCCAAAAUAAACAGGAGAUGACGACGAUGAGAUCGUUCUCUCCUUAUAGGACGCAAGACGCCAAUCUGGACAACAAUGAUCGACCUUAUUCUCCGUAUCGCAUUGGUCGCUACGAUGAACGCGACAGUGGCAACAAGAUAGACCGAUGGCAAGGAGGCGUUUCGAGAUCACUGAGCCCCUUUGCCAGGGAUUAUUCGCCCUGGCGGCGGGAGAACGUCGAUCCGCCUGUCAUUCAGCCGCCGCCACCUGUUACAUGUGACAGCGGUGGCCGUUAUUCGCCAUUUUUCCAACAACGAUUCGCACAACUGCCGUCACAACAACCCGCGGCACCGCAGACCUACCCGCAGACGCAGGACAUCUACGGUAGUCCCAUGAUUAGCCGCAAGAGGUUUCCUUCGGAGCCACCGCCGCAGGGAUCUCACGGCUCCACUAGUCCACAAUUGUUGAUCUCCCGUUUCGCGCAUCAAUUGAAGCAGGAGUCGCCGCCAUCGUCGCUGGCGAUGCCACCGCAACAGGGCGUCGGUUCCAAGGAGUCCGCAAAGAAGCGUUUCGCGUCUUACGUGCGCCUCAGACUCGGUAGCGAACGCGCUCCUUCGCCGGAGCCACCACCGAGACUAAGUCGCGGCGAAUCUCCGCUUGCCCUUAGGAGGAACUUAAUUGAUCAGGCGUCUCCUUCUUGUCCGCGAAGGUACGUCUCGUCUUCUCCACCUCAGCCACCGCCUAGGAGAUUAUCGGAGAGCAAUUCGGUGCCUGGCAGUCCGCAGCACGUGCGAGCUCGUUUGCGCUACACGCCCGAGCCUCAGAGAAGACCUCCGCCGCCAUAACCCACCGCUACAAUCAUUAAGCCUUAUUAUUAUUAUUUCUUGUUGGUGCCAUACGCGGUUACGGACACCCGGACAGCAAUCACGUGCACUACGUAAUAGCUAGAUUACUCGAAGUUGCGCGCACAGAGCGAGUCACAGAACGUGUACCCCUCAAAAAAGACAUGUUCUCGAACGCUGUAAAAAAAAAACAAAAAAAAAAGAAACAUGGAGGAACAUGUUCUUAAUACUCGAGCCGCCGCGGAUUCUGUUGUACGCGAGUCGAACAUUAUUGUACGAAAGAACGUUGAUUUAGCGUGCGAAACGGCUGAAAUUAUAAAAAAGUAUUUGAUCUUAAUUUAUUCUCAAACAUUUUUCGAUUUGCAGAUACUUCAAACCGCGAAAAUUGCCUUAAGACAUUUGAUGACUUACUAGCUAGCUAGUAAAUAUUUCAGGUUUCUAAUUGAAAAAUAUUUUCUGAAUUUCUUAUUGGAUGUUAGAAUAUAGAAAAGGAUAAAACGUCGUGUUUUUCCGAGUUUAAAACGCUUCACACGCUAAACUCGUAAACACAAACUUUUACACGGUUAAAUGGUCUUUAGCUAAGCUUCGGUUAACUAAUUCUGACGAAAAGUUAGAAUGAAUUAUUUCUUACAAAAGAUACAGUGAAAAGAAAUAAAAAAAAGUUGCAUAAAUUAAUUCUCAAAAAGAUUCUAAUUAUAAGAUUUGUGGUGUUAUUGGCAUAAAUUGUCGCCGAUUUUUUUGACUUUGACUAUUCUUCGCGAUCUAUAUAAAUAGGAAGAAAUCAAUUAAUUUAACUAGGAUUAAUAUUAACCGAGGGACGCUCUGAGGUCCAUGUGCGCACGUUUUGCAUAAGCGAGGGGGUCGUUCUCACCACGAUCUUAACUACGGACAAUCUUCGCGACAUUUGCACGGCUUUCCCUCGCUGUCAAAACGUGAAUCUAACUUUCAUCAAUAAUCCUCUUGACGUAUAUUUAUCAAUGGUACGCAAUAGGAAAAAUACGAUGCUCAACUUUUUAUAUCGCUUGGGUAUUAAAGAAGUACAUACACAGUGUUAGAGAAAUGAUGGAGGAGUGUGGCAUUAACCGUGAUAAGCCGCAACGUUUUUUUCUAAAAAAUAAAAAAAAUGCAUCAAUACACGCAUAUACAGAGGGAAUAUAAUGGGGUCGUGCCGUACAUGAAAACGCGUAAACCGUUCCUAUCGUUCUUCGUUUACGCUUGUUUCAGUCAAUCUUGAGAAUCUUGUCAUACGAAGGAGAAAGAGAGAAAGAAUAAAUGUGCAACGAAAUUCGCUCUCUUUUCUCGGAUGGCCUUGCGGUAUGUAUCUGCGACUCGAAUUGCAAUCUCUCUUUUUCCCUCUCUCUCUCUUUCUAUCUCUGAGCGACUCUCUUUUCCACGUUUUAUUAUUAAUACUAAUUAUUAUGAGAGACUACUGUAUUAUUUAUAUAAAGUAAUAUUAAAUGUAAGAGUGCAAGUCAUUCACGGUACAUAGUCCAGUGUCGAGAUCGAGAGCGCAAAUGGAACCGAGAGAGAUAUUAUCAUUCACACUUGAUUUUUCUUUGUAACGAGAAAAAAAAAAAGAAAACGAAAGCACAAUAAUGCCGCAGCAGCACGUCUCGUAGAGUCCUACUACGAAACACGAAUGUAUAUUAAUUAUUUAAUCGGGAAGGCGUGCAAGGCGUCAUAUACAUAUAUACAAAUACACAUACACACAUACAUAUACACGCAUACAUGGUUAGAAUGUUGUAAUUAUUAUUUUUAAUUAACAUUUAUAAUGCUUAAUUAUGUUCAAGUCUACACUCGUAAUCACCUUUGUCACUUAUUUGACAAAAGGAUCUGUUGCAAUGUAAAUAAACUUAUAUUUAUACGA